AUGCGUAUAAAAAAAUUAAGGCAUCGACCGUCCGAUGAGCUCAUAGACAUACGAGAAAGAGGUCUCCCAUGGCUUCUGGCGGUCUUCUGCUUGCUGUUCGUGCUAUUGACGAUUCUCAUCAUUUAUUUGGUGUUCUCGAGCCGCGAUUUCUAUUUGGCGCAACGGAAUCUGGCGGCGCCCAACGAGGAGAAGCGUCCGUUGCCGGACGACGACGACGACGUCGACGAAUUGUCGGCGAGCGUCGUCGACGAAGCCGUCAACGUCGAUGUGAGAAUCAUUGGGCUCACGACAUUCUCGCAUUGCCAAUUUCAGAUUGUGCCGAUUCGCCAUCGAACAACCGGCGUGUUGGACAACGAGACGAGUCCAGCUCCGAGUACGACACCGACGGCUCCGUCGAGCACAACGCACGCGCCAACGACGACGACGACGACGUCGUUGGAGAUUUUGAGCAACUUCGAGUUCGAUUCGGAUGAGGUGCAUUGGAAUCGAGAGGGUCCGUCAGCUUCUGCACCUCAUCGGAUGUCGGAGGAACGAGAUGAGGAUGAUUUGGGAAGGAACGAGGAAGAUCCGGUUGAUCCAGAGCGGUCAAGGCCUGAUUCAAAUCAUACUAGUUUUCAUCGAACUUCUACUAGUCCACAACCAGAUCUUACUGAACUUGAUCCAGUUGCUACUAGUCCUGAUCCAGCUCAGGAUAUAAAUGAUAUGGAUCAAGCAGGACCUGAUCAAGAUAUUGUUGGAUCUGCUCCAGCUCCUACUAGUAGGCCUGAAACUGUUCUUAAUGGCCCUGGUCCAGCUCCAAGCAGCCCUAAUUCAGAGCUAACACGACUUGAUGUUUUUCCUACUCUAAUCCCUACGAGACCUGAUCCGGAACGUAGUGGAUCUGAAUCCGAUCCGACUAGACUUCAUCCAACGCCAACUAGAUUUGAUGCAGAAUCUGAUGCUUCAACUUCUAUUGAAGAUGAUGAAGCCUCACCAACACCUCGUCCAACUGGCCGAUCAUCUGCUCCAGCUCCAACACCGUCGUCGAUGGCGCCGACGACGCCGACGCCGUCAAAGCCGAUCGAAUGGAAUCACACGAUUCGGAGUCGAAGUGCGAAAUUCGAGAAAUUCGCGAUUUCGACGCAUCAUCCGGAAUGUAGCCGAAUCGGAAGAAAAAUCAUGGAAAAUGGUGGGAAUGCUAUCGAUGGUAUGAUUGCUGCCGAGUUUUGCAUCGCCGCUGUUCAUCCGCAUUCGACGGGACCCGGAUUUGGAGCGAUUAUGAUGGUCCACUCCAAGAAGAAAAAUGGGACAUUUAUCAUCGAUGGAAGAGAACGAGCGCCAAGAAACGCGAACCAGAACACAUUUGUGAUCAACCCGACGAUUGCCCAUAUUGGGUAUUCGUCGAUGGGCGUUCCGGGAUGGAUGUCAGUGAUUUGGACGGCUUUCAAACAAUUCGGAAGCGGGAAAAUCAAAUGGGAUCAGCUUCUGAAGCCGACGAUUGAGCUUAUGGAGAAAGGAAUUUUCAUGGAUCGCUUUUUGGCGAACGCUUUCGAAUCGCGCAAAAACCACAUUCUUCAUGAGAAGAGCUUCAAAAAAUUGUUGAAUGCGACGAAACGAGAAGCUAGUCGAUUCGAGAACGCCGAAUUUCGGCGAUUUUUGACGUCGCUUGCCGAAUCCGACGACGCCGAACACGAUUUCUAUCGGGGAAAAUUCGCUAGUCGAAUUGUCGACGAAAUGAAGAAGCGAGGAGGCUUGAUCUCGAAACACGAUCUCGCCGGCUAUUCGAGCAUUGUGACGCGAGCCGAGCAAAUCGCCUUGGGCGCCGAGAAUUUCGUUGCUGGACCCCACUUGCCCUAUCAUUUUCCGAUUCUUCGAAAACUGUUCGACGACGUCACAGAGAAAUACGCGAAUCGCGCUGCCGACACGUCGGCGUUCAUCGACGACCUCAUCGAAUUGAUGCUGAAAGCGAAUCGCGUCAGACAAUUCAUCGGCGACGAGCUGUUCGAUCCGGAAAUCAAGGCGAAAAUCGAAAAAUGGGACGUUUCGGAUGAAAUUGAUCGCGAGAAAUCGGUGGAUGUCGAGCCGAAGAAGACGGCGAUUCUCGCGUUUUCGCGAAUUUUGACGCAUGACUCCGAUGGGAACUCGGUGAAUUUUAUGUCGACGAACACAGUUCCAUUCGGCUCGGUUCGCCGCUCGCACUCAUUCGGCUUCGUUUGGAACAACGCGAUGAGUCUUUUCGACAUAUUCUGCCGAUAUGAGAUCAAUUGUGUUCGCGGCGGGACCCGACCGGCGUCGCCGGUGUUCCCUUCGAUGAUUCUGGGACCUCAAAAACAGCCGAUUUCGCUGCUCUCGCCGACAUCGUCAGCCAUCGAGACGACGUCGACGCUGGCGAUUCGCGAGUCCAUCAUGAAAAUGAACACCUCAAUUGCGCUGGAUUUGCCGCGUGUCUACGCGUACUCGCCGCAGCGAAUUUUCGCCGAAACCGGAAUUCCGGCGGAGCUUCAUCGUCAUUUAUGGGAGAAGCAUCGCGUUCAAUUCCAGCAUCCCGCCAACCCGGUGAAUGUUGUUCGUGUGGGUGGCCGCGACGCGAUUGAGGUUUUGUGCGAUUUUCGCGAAUCGCCGACGACGUGCUUCCCGGACGGCGUCUGA